CCAUGUCCAGGCAAUGAAGCGCUCCACUUUGCGAUUUGCAGCUUGCCAAGCCACCACAAUCACAUCACGCCUUGAACAAGCAAACAUGGAUGUGGUCACCCCCCGCGACGACGGCGGCAAGGUGAUUCAAACGCCCCGCAACGACAUGCUGUAUGCGGUUGCCAUCGACGACUGCGAAGACGGAGUCACGGGGAUCUCGGUCGAGGAUGCGCAGCCGGCAGCCAAGUGGUCCAUGAAGCGCAAGGCCGUGGUCGCGGCUGCUGCCGCCCUAGUCUUGGUCGGGGCCCUCGUUGCCGCGUUGAUGUACACGCACGCCCCCAACGACACGACCGAUGCUUCGUUUGGCACGGGCAAUGACAUCAGUGUCUGCUACGACUCGUACAACGAUAUCAACAUUGCGACACACUUUCGAACGAUCCGUCAACGCUUCACGGGCAUCCGCACGUACCAGACCCGCGGGUACCGCAACGCGAUCGACGUCGCGGCGGAAGCCGGACUCAAGAUCUACGCUGGUGUGUGGAUUCGCACGGACGAAGCCAGCAUCAACGCAGACAUGCAAGCCGUCGUGGACGGCGUGCGUCGCAAUCCGUCGGUCGUGAAAGGCGUGUUUGUCGGGAACGAAGAGCUCCACGUUGGCAUCGAUCAAUGGACGGUGCUCGGUCGUGUCCGCCAGAUGCGGCAACGACUGCAAGCGGCCGGCUUCGGGUGGGUCCCUGUCGGAUCUGUCCAAGUGGACGGGAACUGGGGCGGUGCCAGCGCGCUCGCCAACGAAUGCGACCUCAUCGGGGUCAACAUUCACCCGUUCUUCAGCGCUGCGUCCGUGUCGACAUGGAACCCCCUAGAAGAUUUGAAGACGCGCUGGAACGCCAUGUACAAAGCGUACGGGAACCGCGCCGUCUUGACCGAGACCGGGUGGCCGACGUCCGGGUCGCAGUACUACGGCCACUGGCCCAACUUUGACACGGCCAAGAACUACUACUUUCAAGUUCUCGAGUGGUCCAAGGGGAACGGCGGCAACAUGCCGUCGCACUUUAUGUUUCAUGACAACACGCUCAAGCCGACCGACUUUGAAAAGUCGUUCGGGCUCGCGUGGUCGAACGGCGCGUGGAAAUGGGACGCGCCCGCCGCGGAAAUCAAGGGCGUUGUGUUCGUGAACAAGGCUAACGACAAGGUCCUGGCGGCUGCGCCGAACCGAGCCGUCGAGUUUCACGCGCGGUGGGGCAACGACUGGGUUUGGGACUGGGCAUCGCAAUGGACGAUCCGCGGCCCGCUCGUGGUGACUUGGGACGCGGCCAACAAAGUCGAUUUGUGCCUGGACGCGUACCAGCCAUGGAAUGGCGGCGCCGUCCAUCUGUGGCCAUGCGAUGCCAACAACGGCAACCAAAAGUGGGCGUACGACGGCAAUACCAAGCAACUCCGCCACGCGACGCACAACGGGUUCUGCCUCGACAUGGCCAACCCCGCAGGCGGCACCCCCCACUUGUGGUCGUGCCACGAUCCGUGGGUGUCAUGGGUGACGCUGCAACAGUUUGAAUGGUGGACACGCUAAUCGAGACGUCGUGCCGCUCGCCGACCUGCGGUCUCUUCCAACGAGACUGGCAUUCGGGAGGCUCCCCUUCGAAGGGAGGGUUCGUCCUGCGCACCCCACGAGGAUGGCAUCAUCAACACACAUACUUUAGCUUAGAAGCACCUUAACUCUAACGAAUUGCAUGACGCAUCGACUGGCGACUUGCCUCGAC